AUGAGUACCAUCCAGAAUCUCAAAAAUUUCAUACGUCAUGGCAAGCAGGCUCGCCUUGUCACCCCCCAUGCCGAACCCACUACCGACGUUUCGCCUGUUCACGCAGAACAACAACGUCAACCACAGGGCUCGUAUCCUCCUGCUGCCGGAAAUCUUGAUGCCAUCGACAGCAAAAUGGGUCAUGCGCACACUCAUCAGCAACAAUCACAACCCCCACAGUCUCCACAGUCUCAACAUCACAAAUCUCCCGAAACCAAGCAAGCUAGAGCUGCCGAGAUUGAACAGAUUGUCGCAGAGGAGCGGAGUAGCAGGACAAAAAUGCCCAAAUACCCCGGUCUCGAGCGAUAUAUCUUGCUGGAGAAGAUGGGCGACGGUGCCUUUAGCAACGUCUACCGUGCAAAGGAUACCACGGGCGAGUAUGAUGAGGUUGCCAUCAAAGUUGUGCGGAAAUUUGAAAUGAACAGCCAUCAG